AUGGCGCUGGUGCUCAAAUCGUUGUACGAUGGGUGGAAUCGAAACUUUCACGAAAAUCAGGAUCUUCGCAGUGCGGACUACUUCCUGAUGAAUCCACCGUGGUUUCCGUUCGUUCUGGUUGCCGGAUAUCUGUACUUUGUGCUGGACUUUGGACCCAAGUUUAUGGCCAACCGAAAUCCGUUCAAUUUGAAGAAGUUGAUCCUGGUGUACAACGUGGUACAAGUGCUGAUAAACCUGGUGAUGUUCGUGCUGGCUUUCCGGCUGUUGGUCAAGAUACGAGCAUCCCUCACAUGCCAACCCGUCAACUACUCCACAGAUCCAGAUGGAAUGAUGGAACUGAACCUGGUGUACAGUUACUACCUGCUGAAGGUGUCCGACCUCGCCGAUACCGUGUUCUUCGUGCUGCGCAAAAAGCAAAGCCACGUGUCCUUCCUGCACGUGUACCACCACAGCGGGGUCCUGCUCGGAGCGUACGUGUACGUGCGAUUCGUGCCCGGUGGCCACGGGGCCAUGCUCGGCAUCUGGAACACCGCCAUCCACGCCGUCAUGUAUCUGUACUUUGCGCUCACGAUCCAGUGGCCCGAGCUGACCCGCGGAGCCCACUGGAAGCGCUACAUCACGGUGCUGCAGAUGGUCCAGUUUGGCUACCUGACGGUGCACUUUGGGGUUCCGAUCGUGCUCGGGUACGAGUGCGGCAUCGGCAAGUUCUGGCUGUGGCUGCCGAUGAUCCAGAACGUGUUCAUGCUGGUGCUGUUCGGGGACUUUUACCGGCGGACGUAUGGCGGGACGAGGAGGAAAGUGGAGUAGUUUUUAAAGAGUUUUUGUUAGGAUUAAAUAAAGUAAUGUUGGACCUUUUUGAUUUU